AAAGAAUAGGAAGGAACCAAAGAUGAAGGGAAGAACAGAGAGGAGAAGCAGUUGAACUGAAUUGAAGAAUUUCUCUCGUUUUCACUACCAAUUUCAGAGAGAGAGAGUUUUUAUACGAAUCUCUUCCCAUUUUUCUCAAUUACCCCCAAACUGAUUUCCUUCAUUUCUUCAAAAUCAUCACCUGCAGAUUUCUCUGGUGUUGCUUCUAAUUUCUGCGGCUUCGAUGUAAACAGUUGAAUGGUAUUUGAGAAAGUAAAGGGAAUACCCAUUGAUAGUACCUAUAGAAAAAAUGGAGGUCCAACAGUCAUGGAGAUUGAGGUUCUCGUUUAGGAAUGCCACCAUAGCUUUGUGCUUGUUGAACCUAGUGGCUGCUUUUCUUCUGCUUCAGGGUUUUUUAUCUGUUGCUUCUUCACGGAACAGACCCUUGUCGACAAAUCACAAACUGGAUCAACUCAAAUAUAUCAAGGAAGCUCAAGAGAUUCGACUUUCUAUGCAACCUUUGGAGCUGAUUAAAAGGGUAAGGGAAAUUCAGGAGGAAGCAUAUUAUGAAACAGAAGCUGUACAAGACAAAGACUCCAAGCAGAAUGCUGCAAUGGAUCUUUCUAAAAGAUUGAAAGACUUCCGUUCUCUCAAUGAUGCUUCUAGUUUAAAAGCUCUGGAGGAAUGGCGCAAAAGGAAGAUGGAAAGAGCAAGGCUGCGUGAAAUAGAGAAAAACGGGACACUGAAUUCUCCUUCUCAGCUUCGAAAACACAACUUCUAAAUCUGUAUGAACUUUCCUUGUGCCUUGUAAGACAAACUUGUCUAUGUUGAUUCUAAAGUCAAAAGCAUCAUACCUCUUCUUUUUAUAUCUGACUGCUCUUUUACAGAAACA